AUGGAGGACUCGAGCCAGUUCUUGCAGUGGGCCCUGAGCACGCUGCAGCACGACGAGCUCCCGCCGGCAACGCCGGCGGCGGCCGCCGCCUACGACGACAAUGGCUGCAACACUGCCUUCUCCUCAAUCCCGGCGUUGGGAUACUCCGCCGCAUCAGUGAGCUGGAGCUCGGCCAACACCGACAGCGGGAGCGGCGGCGGCGGUGGCGGCACCGCCUGGUCGCCGUCUUCGCAGCAGAAUUCGGUCAACUGUGCCACGCCCCGCAGCAGCGGCAGCAGCGGCACCAACCAGCAAGUGAGCUGGAACUUCAAUUCGGCGUCGGCGCAGCUAAUCAAAGAAGCCCAGGCCAACUCUGCCGCCGCCGCAGCCGCCGCAAGGGCAGAGAGAGGCGGUGCCGGUGGCGGCGUGCCGGUGCCACAGCCACAGAUGGUGCACAACGGGCCACCGCCGACGAGGAGAGCCUCUGCCAAAAUGUCGGCGGCUUCUUCGUCUGCAACGUGCUCCCAUGAUCACAUCGUCGCGGAGCGGAAGCGCCGGGAGAAGAUCAACCAGCGUUUCAUUGAGCUCUCAGCAGUCAUCCCCUGCCUCAAGAAGAUGGACAAGGCGACGAUCCUCUCCGACGCGACGAGGUACGUGAAGGAGCUCCAAGAAAAGCUCAAGGCGCUCCAACAAGACUGCAGCGGCAGCGGCAACGCCUGGGGGCGGCAUGGAGUCGGCGGUGCUCGUCAAGAAGCCGCGCAUCGCGGCGCCGGCGGCCGGGGAUGA